AAAAGGUAGUUGGAUUUUACUAGCUUACUGCAGUUAUAUCUGUGUGAAAUGUAGGAAACCUGAUGAGUUUUUACAUGUAAUCAGUAAUGUUUCUGGUGUACAGGUCAACAGAUUCCAGCCUCGGCGACUUCAAGUGUUUUGUGGAAGAGAUGCUAGAGCACCUUUGGAGUCAAGAAAAAGCUCAAAAUUGAGGACAGCAAGAACCAUGGGUUGUCCAUUGGAAUUACAAAAUGGUACUUAAAAUAUGAAAAGGCAACAAAAUUUAUCUGCACAUUAUGAAACACAGCUUGAAAGUGGAACUUGUUGCACUGGCAAUACAGUACUGUAUUUUAACCUCAGUUCUUUCUAACUUAAAGCCAACUAGGAACCUUAACUAUAUAGAGAGCUUCUUUUCUCACCUCCACAAGUACUUCAGAUGGGUAAAUCUUAAAAAAAACUUUUUUUUUGUCGUCCAAAAGUAGCUCUCAAAUAAAUAAGCUCAAGAGAAGUAGCCCAUGAGUAGCACUGAGGUGAUUAAAACAUUAUGGGGCUUCUCUAAAAAAAAAGCAUUAAAUCUAUGUUUUCUUAGGGAAGAAGAUCGAUGAACAAGAGGAAUCCAUCAAAUCAACAAGCAAGGACGGGACACUCCUUGUGGUAGACAAGAGUUUUAUCUUUUCUGUUAAAUUCUGUGAUUAAGUGCCUAGGAUUGUGAUUUAAUAAUUGAUGUCGGGUGUUAUUAAAAAACGCAGCCUCUAAUUCUCAUUAUCCCAGUACUAAUUAAAGAAGGAAACAUCAUAUAUAAGCAGAUAUAGAAACCAAUACUAAGAUAACUUAAAAUACUUUAUUAUGAAAGAAUAGUGACAUGUUAGUUAUUCUUAAGAAAAAAAAUGUAAACAAGUUAGAAAGUCAGACAUGCCAUUUCUUUAUGUAUUUUAAAACACCAGUAGUGUAGUGUCAUAUUAAAUAAUUGGAAUGAUGAUUAAAGAAAGAUAGACGAAUUGUAUUUUAUCUUAUCCCAUUAUUAUAACUCUUUGUUGUGCAUUUGUCUUCUUGUAUAAUCGUUGACUUGAUUGAAAAUCAAUCAAAACAAUGUCUUUCUCCUCUGAUCGAUAAGUUUCGGAGAGGGGAGAUACCCAUGAUGCCUCAGUUUCUCAUCUAUAUGUUCACUUGCAAACGGGGGAAUCAACACUUUUCUUGAAUGACAAGAAGCUUAGAAAGGGAGAGGAGCUGGGACCAGAACUAAAAAGGGCAACAGAAGGCUCUCACAUAUCUAUUGUUGUUUUAUCAGUGAACUAUGCAAAUUCUAGCUGGUGUCUUGACGAGCUGGUACAUAUCAUGGUACGCCAGAAAUCUUAUGGCCAGUUUGUUUUACCCGUAUUUUACGGUGUUGAACCAUCGGUUGUCCGUAAGCAGAGUGGUUUCCUUGUUGAAGCCUUGAAAGCUAGUGCAAGAAGUGUUGAAUUUUUUAAUCCAAAACGAAAGAAAGAAAAUCUCUUGUGCAAAUGGAAGACUGCACUCACCGAAGUUGCAAAUCUAAUCGGGUGGGAUUCCCAUAGUAUCAGUGAAGGUAAACUAGUCAAGCAAAUUGCCGAGGACAUUUUGACAAAACUAGAUGUCUCGUUGUCUAUUACUGAAUUUCCGAUUGGAUUUGAUUCGCGUGUGCAAACAUUGACCGAGAUUAUUGACUAUCAAUCAAGCAAAGUCUGUAUGAUAGGGAUAUGGGGAAUGGGUGGAUCGAGCAAAACAACCACGGCCAAAGCUCUCUACAACUGAAUCCAUUGUAAAUUUGAGGGUAGAAUAAGUUUCUUUGAAAGUAUAAGAGAGAGUUUGGGAAAUGAUAAUAGAGGAAUUAUUCAUUUACAAGAGCAGCUUCUUUCAGAUCUCCUCAAAAUAAAGCAGGAGAUUCAUAGCAUUGCGCGGGGGAUAACUAAGAUCGAGACAAGACUUUGGGGGCAAAAGGCCUUCGUCGUACUCGAUGAUGUGGCCAAGUCGGAGCAAUUAAAAGCCCUAUGUGGAAAUCUUAUGUUGUUUGGUUCGGGAAGUGUAUUGAUUAUUACAACUAGAGAUGUGCGCUUUCUCAAUUCACUCAGUGCUAGCCAUGUCUUCACAACGACGGAAAUGGACGACAACCAGUCCCUUGAACUUUUCAGUUGGCAUGCUUUUCGACUACCAAGUCCUAGAGAUGAUUGCAGAGUAUUGUCAUUUAAUGAAGAAGAUUGGCAAGGUGUAGUAUCGAAUUUAGGAGUUGGUGACAAUGUGGAGAUUUUUGUAGCUACCAGACAUAGAUUGAUUGUUAAGGAGACGACUGUCUAUUUAAUAUAUCAUUAAUAACGACAUGGAAACGAGCCAUCAAUUACUGUGGAAGUCGAGCCAGCCAUCUACGAUGCAGAAAUCGAGCCAUUACAUGAAGUGUAAGGGCAACCAUCACCUAAUGUGAAAAUGGUGCCAUAACUUAUUGUAAAGAAUGAGCCAUUAUUGAAGACAAACAGAUAAAUCUUUUCAAGACUUGCAUGGAGAGUGGAAGAAUGUUUAUGCUUGAAACAGAUUAGAUAUCUCAACCGUUUUUGAUCAGGUGUUUUUCUAAUACAGAGUUCCCAUGUAUUUGUUAUGUAAUAUUUUAUGAGAAGAAGGAAGGAAAAAUCUUGUGUUUUAUAUACAAGGAUGAGAUCUAUGCAGUGUUGAUUGUUUCCAGUAAUGAAGUACAGAACUUUUA